CUUGUGGAGACAGCCAUGGUCCAGCAGGCCGGACUGUGCAUCCUCCGGCCAGAAAUUGCUGCCAGGCCGGACUACUCGAUGUCCCAGCUACCAGAGGAAUUCUUCCAGAGGCUCCUCAAAGGAGGGCCACAAGCUGGAAUACUUGGAGAACUGAAGCUACCUGAACCUUACCACGAGUUUGCGGAGGCGUUUUGGGAAGACCACCUUACAAUCCGAAAGAUCACGGAAGACGAUGCUACGAGGUUCUUCGCCAAGGCGAACAAGCCGACGUUGACAGUCCGAAGAUAUCAACGGCGUAUCAUCCCAGGAUACCCCAGAGGUGGCUGCUGCUCGUCGUCAACAGGCAACAAUCCGCCGAGAGCACCGCUUUCGUCGUCGCCAUGGCGAAAUGCCCCCCUCUACGCCGUCGCUCUCGGCUUUGGCUAACCCGCGGUCACCGUCGUCGUCGCCGUCGCCGGAGGCACCUGGUCGUGAUCCUGCCGCUGACCCUGUUUCCUGAGCUUGCCCCUG